AUGGCAAGAAGAAAACGUACCAAAAGAUUGGAAAACAGGAAUAAUUAUAAAGUUACCCAAGAAGGGAGAUCUGACGCAAUGCAGAAACUGGACGGAAUAGUCGAAAAAUUGGAUGCAUCAAUCAGAGAAGAACAGGCGUUCUUUCGACAAAGUCGGGGGUACACAGAACCUGCGAGCACUUUGAGACUGAUCAUCGAGCAGUCGAUAGAGUGGAACAACCCGUUAUAUGCAACAUUCAUAGAUUUCGAGCGAGCAUUCGAUUCCAUCAAGCGCAGCAUGAUAUGGACAACACUAAAGAGACACAGAAUCGUUGCAAAAGUUAUAAAUAUAAUAAGAUCUUUGUACGACAACGCAGAAACAAUGGUGUCGCAUAAUGGUAGACUUAGUACCCCAAUAACAACAACAGCAGGAGUAAGACAAGGAUAUAAGGAGGAUAAAAGCAAUGAAAAAAUGAUGAAGAAUAUGUCAGAUUAA